UUACGGUAAAGGCUUUCAGAAUAAUGAGACAUUCACGUGUUGUUGGAAAUAAACAAAUCUCAACCAAUAAAACUGGGAAAUUACCGCAAAUCUUAAAUUCAAUUCAAUUCAGCCUUGUUUAUAUAGCGGCGUUUGCAGCACGGUGAUUUCAAGGCACCCAGAGAAAAUCCAUCAGUUCAACACAGGCAAGUAAAGCGACUGUGGAAGGGAGAAACUCCCGUUUAAAAGAAGAAACCUUUGCAGAACCAGGCUCAGAGGUGGCGGCGCUCUGCUAUUCUGGUGCGGAUGAGAGGAAAGAAGAGAAAGAAAAGGAGAGGACAGACAGAUUGCUUUGGUCGAUGCAGGUGGAUCAAUGCAGGAGGCUUCAGAAGACGACCCUCGGGGAUCCGGGGCGAGGGGGGCUGAAGAGAGUCCACAGCGACACACUGGUACCCAGAAGACGAGCUCCAGUCUGGAGCAGGACGAACAUGAAGCUCCACACAUUAAAGAGGAGGAGGAUCUUGUUGAGGUGACUGUUACUGAUGGAGAAAGAGACAAUUCUCACAACUCUGUGAGGGACUUGACCACCCAGAGACUGACUGCUGCUGCUGUGGAAAUAUUCGCCAUGGUUGAACAAACUGUCGUCCAGUAUGAAGAGGAGAUUGAUCGACAGCGCAGACUUCUGGAAAUCGACUGGAAUCCUCAAAUCAAGUUACACAGAACAGAGCUCCUACAGAGCCGUGACAGUAGAGAGGAGCAGCUCUUUAAAGAGGAAACAAACUACUGCCUUGUGCAGCGACAAUCAGAAUCUCCAUCAAUCAGAGAGAAACAAGAAGAACCAGGACUUCUACAGCCUAAAGUGGAACAAGAGGAACUGGAACCUCCACAGAUCCAAGAUCUAAAAGAAGCAGGACUUCUACAGAUUAAAGAGGAGGAAGAGGAACCAGAACCUCCACAGAUUGAGGAACUGGGGACCAGCCGUGGGGGAGAGCAGCUCAUACUGAAGUUUGAAAGUGAUUCCUUUAAGGUUCCUUCUGUUGAGGAUCAGCCUUACCUGAGUGAACCAGAAGAAGUUUCAGACACUGAGCAGUUCCUCCAUCGGGACUCUGAAGUCCACCAUGUGAAAAAACAUCUGGACUCAGAAUCAGCUGUAAAUGCAGAGCUGAAAAAAAUCAGCAUGUUUCAUAGUGACGGUGUGGAGAACUUUCCUGAGUCAGAGAAGCAGGAUGAAUGUGAAAAACUUCUGUAUGAGGAAGCAUGUGGUAAAAAGCGUCAAAUAUGUCAGAAUGUAGGAACUGUCUCUGACAAGAAGAAAAGAAUUUGUGAAAUCUGUGGUAAGUAUUUCAAUCAACACAAGGAAUUAUUGAUCCACAUGAGAACUCACACGGGUGAGAAGCCGUAUUCUUGUGAAGCAUGUGGGAAAAGUUUCAGUCAACAGGGUAAUUUGAUGACUCACAUGAGAACUCACACAGGCGAGAAGCCGUAUUCUUGUAAAACAUGUUUGAAAAGUUUCAGUCAAAAGAGUAAUUUGUUGCGCCACAUGAGAACUCACAGGUGAGAAGCCAUGUUUUUGUGACAGGUGGGAAAAGUUCAAUGUUGCACCGUGAACUCAAAAAGGGGUGUGGUCAUGAAAGACUCGAAGGGAGGUCUCAUUUACGAAGUCCAGCUUGAGUCCAAAUCAGAAGAUGUCAUUCUGUUUAAAGGAAAAUUUACUGAUUUGAAUACUCAUGAGAUUGUUUCUGGUUUGUCACGAAAAAGAUCUUAAUA